GGGGAGCAGUGCCAGGAAGUCUCUGUGUCGGCUACACUGGACCAUGUGGGCCGGUGGUCAUGAGGACAGCAGCCUCACUGGGGUGGCAGCUGGUUUGGAGGUCACCUAGGGCUGGCUCAGGUAGCAGGAGAGGGUGCUUAUUCCUUGCAUUCUUGGGGGCCCCCUCCUUGUAGCCCACUGAGGAAGUGUUUGUGGUGGAGCCCCUGAGGGCCUGGUAGGGUUGAGCAGAGUGAGGGAAGGUUUCAUGGGGCAGGGAAGGGUCUGCUAGGCCAGCACGUGAAGGAGGGACUCGCCUUCCCAUCCUCCCAGGGGUGUUCCUGCCAGCCAGCCCCCUCCCCCAGCUUUCCCACGAAGGGGUGGCUGUUGGAAUUCUGCACUCCAUCUCUUGUGAUUGUCUGGGCCCAGGACAGUGGGAUGGGCAUUUGGGGACCUCACCCCCCCAGCAGACAGGAGGAGGAAGCCAUGUCCCAGCAGGCUAGGGCAAGGGACCCCCGAUGCCAACAGUGCCUUAUCAGCAGGUGCCAGGCAAGGCCAUCCCCAGGGUGAGGGCGACAUCUCCCCGGGCCCUGUUAUCAGUUGCAGAGUCCACAGGACGCUCAUUGGGUUAACGUGUAACCAUGAGCCCUCCCCUCCACCCCCUGGAGCCACCCGCUCCCAGUUUAGGUUGCUCUGAGGGUAUCAGGCCAGCAUGGAUGCUGGCAAAGUGGGGCUGACCCUGAAGACUCACUGCUCAGCCCAGUGCCUAGAUGUCUGCAAGUGGCUGAUUCCCUUCAUCCUCUCCUGCUGCGUGUACUUCUGCCUCUGGAUUCCCGAGGAUCAGCGGUCCUGGGUCGCUGCCCUGGUCAAGUGCCUGCCCAUCUUCUGCCUUGCUGGGUUCCUGUGGGUUGUGUCCCUAGGUGGGGGCUACACCCAGCUCCUCCAGGGAGCCCUCCUAUGCUCGGCUGUUGGGGAUGCCUGCCUCGUCUGGCCUGAAGCCUUCCUCCAUGGUAUGGCUGCCUUUGCUACAGCCCACCUCCUCUACCUCUGGGCCUUUGGCCUCUGUCCCCCACAGCUGGGCCUGCUGCUGCUCAUCUUCCUGGCCUCUGGCCCCUACCUCAUCCUCGUGCUGCUGCACCUCGAGCCGGAUAUGGUCCUCCCCGUGGCAGCCUACGGGCUGAUCCUGAUGGCCAUGCUGUGGCGUGGCCUGGCCUGGGGUGGGAGUGCCGGCUGGGGCGCGCUGCUCUUCACACUCUCUGAUGGUGUGCUGGCCUGGGACACCUUCGCCCAGCCCCUGCCUCACGCCCGCUUGGUGAUCAUGACCACCUACUACACUGCCCAGCUCCUCAUCACACUGUCAGCCCUCAGGAGCCCGGGGCCCAAGACGGACUGACUAGGCAGCUUGAAGGGCCGGCUUCCAGGCCCUCUCCUCCCGCAAGGAUUCGGGCCUCCCAGACCAACCCAGCCUGAGAAGCACCCUUUGCAGCGAAGCUUCUUCAUGCCUGUCUGCAGGCGCAGGCCCUGCCGCCACUGCUCCCGGCUGAAGACGUUUAAGGACCAUUCACAGAAUUCCGAGUCCACUGCUGGGUUCCAGCUGCCUUCCCCCAGUUCUGACUCCAGAUCCCCGGCUCCUCAGCCAGGCCCACACGUGGCCCUCCCAGCCACCAGCCCACCUCCAAGUUCGCUGUGGGCCCCACGGUCUACCAGCCCCUCCCUGCUGCUCUGAGUCAUUUUCGUUGUCUAAGUAGAGGGCAUGGAAGUGUAGAUGCUGCUGUUAUUGUGGGAGAGGCAUGCGGAUGAUGAUCCUGGUGAUAAACUGUCUCGGCUCAUGGCAGC